AUGGGGAUCUCCACAGUCAUCCUUGAAAUAUGUCUUUUAUGGGGUCAAGUUCUAUCUACAGCAACAUCAACAGUGAGCGACACCAGAGAAACUGCUUUUCGGGAGACACAGACACUCAGCUCUGUUUCUGAAUCAGAUCUUCCCAGAACACGUGAUCCGUGGCUUCUCCACACCACAGAUGAUGGGUGGCCGGGCAAUGGAGGUGACCGGUGUCAGGGCCAGGUGGAGCUCCUGUACCAAGGCUGCUGGGACACCGUGUGUGACGACAGCUGGGACGCCCGGGAUGCAGACGUUGUUUGCCCACAGCUCGGCUGCGGCCAUUCACUGCCGGCCCCGGGUGGGACCCAGUGGGACCCACCCGGUCAGGGCUCAGGGGACGUUCUCGUGGGCACCGUGCACUGCUUGGGAAGGGAGCAACCCCUGCCCGCCCAGUUGCCCCACAGCGGGUGGUGCGACCGUGAACGUGGCCACGGGGAGCAUGCUGGAGUCGGGCGCUCAGCUUCCCGGCCCCAGUCCACGCUCCUGCCGGAGCUUUGGGAGAGUGCAUUUUCCCGUCUCCUUCCAGGAACUGAAUCAGGUUUGGCCCUGAGGCUGGUGAAUGGAGGUGACAGGUGUCAGGGCCGCGUGGAGGUCCUGUACCGAGGCUCCUGGGGCACCGUGUGUGACGACGGCUGGGACACCAACGACGCCAACGUGGUCUGCAGGCAGCUGGGCUGUGGCUGGGCCACGUCGGCCCCAGGAAAUGCCCGGUACGGUCAGGGCUCAGGGCCCAUCAUCCUGGACGACGUGGGCUGCUCGGGGCACGAGAGCUACCUGUGGAGCUGCCCUCACAGUGGCUGGAACACACACAACUGUGGACACAGCGAGGACGCCAGUGUCGUCUGCUCAGGUGACAGGCCCCAGUCCACGCUCCUGCCAGGUUGGUGGACUUCCGCAACUCCUGCCUAUGGAACUGAAUCAGGUUUGGCCCUGAGGCUGGUGAAUGGAGGUGACAGGUGUCAGGGCCGCGUGGAGGUCCUGUACCGAGGCUCCUGGGGCACCGUGUGUGACGACGGCUGGGACACCAACGACGCCAACGUGGUCUGCAGGCAGCUGGGCUGUGGCUGGGCCACGUCGGCCCCAGGAAAUGCCCGGUACGGUCAGGGCUCAGGGCCCAUCAUCCUGGACGACGUGGGCUGCUCGGGGCACGAGAGCUACCUGUGGAGCUGCCCUCACAGUGGCUGGAACACACACAACUGUGGACACAGCGAGGACGCCAGUGUCGUCUGCUCAGGUGACAGGCCCCAGUCCACGCUCCUGCCAGGUUGGUGGACUUCCGCAACUCCUGCCUAUGGAACUGAAUCAGGUUUGGCCCUGAGGCUGGUGAAUGGAGGUGACAGGUGUCAGGGCCGCGUGGAGGUCCUGUACCGAGGCUCCUGGGGCACCGUGUGUGACGACGGCUGGGACACCAACGACGCCAACGUGGUCUGCAGGCAGCUGGGCUGUGGCUGGGCCACGUCGGCCCCAGGAAAUGCCCGGUACGGUCAGGGCUCAGGGCCCAUCAUCCUGGACGACGUGGGCUGCUCGGGGCACGAGAGCUACCUGUGGAGCUGCCCUCACAGUGGCUGGAACACACACAACUGUGGACACAGCGAGGACGCCAGUGUCGUCUGCUCAGGUGACAGGCCCCAGUCCACGCUCCUGCCAGGUUGGUGGACUUCCGCAACUCCUGCCUAUGGAACUGAAUCAGGUUUGGCCCUGAGGCUGGUGAAUGGAAGUGACAGGUGUCAGGGCCGCGUGGAGGUCCUGUACCGAGGCUCCUGGGGCACCGUGUGUGACGACAGCUGGGACACCAACGACGCCAACGUGGUCUGCAGACAGCUGGGCUGUGGCCGGGCCACGUCGGCCCCAGGAAAUGCCCGGUACGGUCAGGGCUCUGGGCCCAUCAUCCUGGACGACGUGGGCUGCUCGGGGCACGAGAGCUACCUGUGGAGCUGCCCUCACCGUGGCUGGAACACACACAACUGUGGACACAGUGAGGACGCCAGUGUCGUCUGCUCAGCUGCACAGAUCAGUUCUACUACCCCAGAUCCUGUUUACAACCUCACCCGCCCAGCCACAAAUUAUACCUGCGGAGGCUUCCUGUCCCAAUCUUCAGGGAGCUUCUUCAGCCCAUUCUACCCUGGGAACUAUCCAAACAACGCCAAGUGUGUGUGGGACAUUGAAGUUCAAAACAACUACCGUGUGACUGUGGUCUUCAGAGAUGUCCAGCUUGAAGGCGGCUGUAACUACGAUUAUAUUGAAGUGUUUGACGGCCCUUACCACAGUUCCCCUCUGCUCGCCCGGGUUUGUGAUGGGGCAAGGGGCUCCUUCACCUCGUCGUCCAACUUCAUGUCCAUUCGCUUCAUCAGCGAUGGCAGCGUCACGAAGAGAGGGUUCCAGGCUGAAUACUACUCCAGACUUUUCAAUGGGAGCACAAAGCUGCUUUGCCUGCAGAAUCACAUGCGAGCCAGCGUGAGCGUGGGCUACCUCCUGUCCCUGGGCUACUCUGCCAGAGACCUUGUCAUUCCCGGCUGGAACAGGAACUACCAGUGUCAGCCCCAGAUUGCUUCGAGCCAGGUGACCUUCACAGUUCCCUACUCCGGCUGUGGCACCAUCCAGCAGGUGGAUAAUGAUACCAUCACCUACUCCAACUUCCUCAAAGCAGCUGUUUCGAGUGGCAUCAUCAAGAGGAGGAAGGACCUCCUCAUUCACAUCAGCUGCAAAAUGCUCCAGAACACCUGGGUUAACACGAUGUACAUUGCUAAUGACACCCUCGAGAUCAAGAACAUACAAUACAGCAAUUUUGACGUGAACAUUUCCUUUUAUACAUCCCCUUCAUUCUUAUAUCCCGUGACCAGCAGCCCAUACUAUGUGGACCUGAACCAGGAUUUGUACCUUCAGGCUGAAAUCCUCCAUUCUAACGCCUCCCUGGCCUUAUUUGUGGACACCUGUGUGGCGUCACCAGAUCCCAAUGACUUUACAUCUUUGACUUAUGAUCUCAUCCGGAGUGGGUGUGUGAAGGAUGAAACCUACCAAUCCUACCAGCAGCCCUCACCCAACGUCCUCCGCUUCAAGUUCAGUUCCUUCCACUUCCUGAGCCGCUUCCCUUCCGUGUACCUGCAGUGCAAGAUGGUCGUGUGCAGGGCGUACGAUGCCUCGUCCCGCUGCAGCAGAGGCUGCAUCGUGAGGGCCAAGAGGGGCGUGGGCUCCUACCAGGAGAAGGUGGAUGUCGCCCUGGGACCCAUCCUGCUGCAGGUCCCGCACGCUGAGAAGAGGAGCCUGGACCGGCCAGAGGUUGAACCUGGAAGAGAGGCCAUGCGCAGGGGAGCUACCACAGUGCCACCAUCCUUGCUGGGGUCUUCCUGGUCGUGCUCUUGGCCGUAGCAGCCUUCGCACUGGGGAGGAGCACCCGUUGGUGUCCGUUGGCCUGCUCUGAGCUCUAGGAUGUGAAGCAGGGAACCACACGCGAUGCUCGGACGCAGGGCCCCCCGCUCCUGAGCCCGUACGAGGAGGGGAGAACCAGUGUCCAGAGCUUGGCACCCAGAGCACCCAACUCUGGCCCAGGCGCACAGUGGUGGGUGGAGGUGGGGGUGAGAAAGAUGGGAGCAGGGUUUCCCAGAAACACAGACUUGGUGCCGGGACAAAGCGUCAGGCAAGCAGGUGCUGGAACCUAAAAUCCCACGUGAAGCAGUGAGCCGCACACUAGGAGCGGCAGCGCUUGUUGUAGAUAGAAUUUCUUUUCUGACUUUUUAUGAACCAGCUUCUUUGGCCUGUAGUGUAUAUCUUAGCCUUUUCUUAUUAUAGGACAAGCCAAAUAAAGAACUUUU